AUGGAAACUAUAGUACUGGCAGCUGCUUCCGCAAAGGACAAUAUCCAUGAAGAAGGGAAAGAGACAGGUGGCAGUGGCACGAUGACUUUGUUUCCCAAACUACCGAUCAAUGGCUUCAGACUGUACGACUUACCAAACCUCGAGAGAUUUUGCCUUGAUGCCUAUUCUUUUGCAUGGUCCUCCUCCACGAGAUAUAUGUACGUGGAUGAAUGUCCCAAAUUAAAGACAUUGGGUUUUGCACUAGUAAGCAAAAAGCUGCUUGUAGCAGUUGCGGAGAAUUUGAGUGAUGAUCAUGUAAGAGGUAGAGAAGAAUCAAGAUCUAGAUGUGCAUCAUCAACUGGAUCUGGAUCUUUAUUUGGAUGUGCGCCACUAGUCUGCUUACAAAGUCGUCCAUCUACUCGCAACUUUACUCAAAUAUUGCCCCGCCCUGUAAAUAGAGAGGUUACGCUGGCAAAUCUUCAGAACUCAAGUGCUAACUACAAUCUAGAAGAUCUCCAUGUAGUAAGGUGCGAUUUAUUGGAAGUGAUAUUUUUGGUUCAAGAAACCCCUUCUACUCAAGCAUUUGAUAAGCUGAGGAAAUUAGUAUUGUGGUUGUUACCAAUGCUGAGCCACAUAUGGGAAAAGGGUUUACAAGUUAGCUCAGGCUUUGGAAACCUGAGAUUCCUAGGUGUAUGGCAAUGUCACAAUUUGAGAUACUUGUUUUCACCGCACAUAGCCAAACUUCUUACCUGUCUUGAGACAAUAGAAGUUUCCAAUUGUAGUGCGAUGGAGAAAAUUGUUGGAGAGGCAAAAGGAGGAGGAGAAAGUAUUAAGGAUGAAUUGACAUUUCCGCACAUGAAUUAUAUCCAACUUGUGGAUUUACCCAAACUUGAAUCUUUCUACUCUCAAGCUCAUACUUUGAAGUGGUCGUCAGCCUUGGAGAAAAUCACAGUUCGAAAUUGUCCAGAAUUAAAAGCGUUUGCUUCUAAGUCUUUGUAUGUGUAA